AUGGGAUCUCACCGCGGCAUCCUUCCAAGGGAGGGGCUCUACAUCGACCCGAUUGUCAUUUUGGCGAAGAAGACAAUCCUCCACCCAAUAUUUGCUCUGUGUGUGUUUGCGUUCUAGAUCGUCGUUGUGACGGGGGGUAGCAGUGGUAUUGGAGAAAGCGUUGUUCGGCGGCUCGUAGCGGAUGGCGUACGCGUGGUUAUUCUGGAUGUAGUUCCAGCGAAUUUUACUUCCGGUAGCAAGCUUAUAACACACUACCGGUGCGAUUUGAGUGACGAAUCCGAGAUUCGUGAUGUAUGCAAUCGUAUUCGAAAGGAAGUCGGUCAUCCAACAGUCCUCAUUAACAAUGCUGGUCUAUCUCGUGGCCGCACUGUGUCCGAAGGGACAUACCAUGAUAACAGCAUCACGAUCCGAACAAAUUUAUUGGCACCGUUUCUUUUAACGAAAGAAUUUUUGCCCAAUAUGAUCCAGCAUAACCAUGGCCACAUCUUCAACAUCUCAUCCAUGAGUGCUUUUGUCCCCCCGGCAGGCCUCGCAGAUUACGGUGCCUCUAAGGCCGGUCUGGUAGCCCUUCACGAGGCCCUUGGUCUGGAGAUCAAGUAUCGCUACGGGGCACCCAAAAUCCGCACAUCGAUAGCCGUUCUAAGCUUUACCAAAACGCCACUUUUCAAGGGGGAGACCAAUCAAUCGGGCUUCUUGUCUCCUCUGAUGCAUGUGGAUACAGUGGGCGAUGCGAUCGUUGAUACACUGUAUAGCGGCUACGGCCGGGAUAUAUUUUUACCAGGAAUAUGCGGGUAUCUUACUGGCCUUCGACAAGCGCCCCACUGGUUGCAAGAACUGAUACGUGGUGGGUCAGAGUCCCUGAAAGUGGAUUUCAAAGGGCGGCAAAAGAUCAAUCCAACAACAGGGAAAUUGAUGUAG